UCGCUGUGCAUCAAAGCCCGUGUCCUUACAUUCAUGCUCGUGAGUGUUUGCUUGCUAUCUCGCUCGCUGCCGCUGUGCAUCAAAGCCCGCUGUGUGGGACAAGACAUCGUGCGGGGCUUGGCAAAGGCUGGAACACAGCUGUCCCCUGGACGUGACGGGGUUGAAAUGGAGAGAGAGGGGAGUGAUCUAUCGGGCAGGAGAGACUGACUGUGCGCAGCUCCCCUGCUCCCCUCAAUAAACCAUGCGGAGACUGUCGGAUAUCAGUCUGCACCUGAGCCAACUGAAGUAUCUGACUCCUGCGCCCUCCGAAGACCAGCAGUGCUCCCGAUCCUUUAUGGAUGUCAAGGCUGCUUCCAACGGGGUCUCCAGCAUCGAGGACCGGAUCUUGCGGAUCACGGGAUAUUAUGGUUAUUACCCGGGAUAUUCGAGUCAUCAAAGAGAUGACGUUUCGGAGAAUCGGAUCGACAAUCUGGACCAGGAUAAUGGCACCAGGACGCGUUGUCAAUCUUGCACCGCCAAGUUCUUCAAGAUUUUCUGGGGGUUUCUGGUUGUUCUUUCUGUGUCAUCCUCCUGGGUUGGUACCACACAGAUUGUCAAAGUCACAUACAAGAACUUCCAUUGUCCUUUGUUUAUGACUUGGUUCUCUACAAAUUGGAACAUAAUGUUUUUUCCUGUGUACUACUCGGGACACCUUGCAACAGCACAAGAGAGACGGACAAUAAUUAAGAAAAUUAGAGAGUGCAGCAGAAUAUUUGGUGAAGAGGGACUGACUUUGAGACUCUUCCUGAAAAGAACAGCCCCGUUUUCUAUCCUCUGGACAUUAACUAAUUACCUCUAUUUACUGGCUCUGAGGAAAUUAACAGCCACAGAUGUUUCUGCUCUCUUUUGUUGCAACAAAGCAUUUGUCUUCCUGUUGUCUUGGAUUGUGCUCAAAGACAAGUUCAUGGGAGUUCGAAUUGUUGCUGCAAUCAUGGCAAUUACUGGGAUUGUAAUGAUGGCGUAUGCAGAUGGUUUCCAUGGUGAUUCAAUCUUGGGCGUGGCGCUGGCUGUUGGAUCUGCCUCGACAUCAGCAUUGUACAAGGUCCUAUUUAAAAUGUUUCUUGGAAGUGCAAAUUUCGGUGAAGCUGCCUAUUUUAUUUCCAUCCUGGGCAUCUUCAACUUAAUUUUUAUAUCCUCUGUACCGGUGAUAUUGUACUUUACGAAAGUGGAGUACUGGUCCUCAUUUUCUGCUUUACCUUGGGGUUACCUUUGUGGAAUCGCGGGGCUUUGGUUAGCUUUCAAUAUACUUGUAAACCUUGGUGUUGUCUUAACAUAUCCCAUACUCAUAUCCAUUGGGACUGUUCUGAGUAUCCCUGGAAAUGCAGCUGUUGACCUUCUGAAACAUGAGGUUAUAUUUAGCAUGGUGAGGUUGGCUGCCACAACCGUUAUAUGCAUUGGCUUCCUAUUGAUGCUGCUACCAGAAGAAUGGGAUGAAAUUACUUUAAAGUUUAUCAACAGAUUAAAAGAGAAGAAAAACGAGGAACAAACAGAAGAUGUCACAGAGUCCACUGUCCACACUCGGACUAGAAGCAGAGCAAAUGGUACAGUUUCAAUACCUUUGGCUUAAAGGCAGUCACGUUUUUAAAUGCACGGGAAUGUAUAUUCUGUGAAUAUAAUUUAGUUUUGUGUAACACAGUAUGCUAUCAUGACAUUACUUUUUGAAGCAAAGACCUACUGUAUACAAUAUAAAUGUAAUACAGUUACAAUAUAAAGAAUAUAUUAUUGCAAUUUAAUCUUUAUAAAGUUAUAUGGAAAUGGAUGUUAAUGUCUAAUAAAUUUUUGUAUUGAAAGUCCUUACAUUGUUUUUUAUUAUUUAUUUUUAAUGGUACCUUCCUUUGAUUAAUGGGAAUAUUUUGCCAUUUUGAUUGUUGUUGCCACACUCGAAUGUAAUAUAACGCAACCAGAAUAAAGAUCUAUAGAGCAUGUGCAGCAUCUUGUUUCAUCAGAUAUAGAUCAUGCUUUGACUUCUUUGGACAAAGACCUGCUAAGGAUGGCAGUAAUAACACAUGAAAUCUUUCCAGAUUAUUUCUGUACCAUCAGUGGCUUGCCACCAUUUCUGCAGAGCCUGUUUUUUUGAAGAUUUGGGUAUUUGUGAGGAGGAAUGAGGAAGUUAUUGCACUAUUGAGGUUGUUGACAGGACUUAAGAGUCUGUGCUAUAAGGAGAGGUUGGGCUGGCUCAGACUUUAUUUCUUGAGUUCAAGUGGCUGAGGGAUGAUUUUAUUACGGUGAAUGAAAUUAUAAGAGGAAUGGAUAGGGCACAGAGAGUCUUUUAACCAGGGUAGGGGAAUCUAGAACUAGAUGACAUAAGUUUAAGGUAAGAGCAAAAAGAUAUGAACCUGAGAGGCAACAUUUUCACUCGGAGGUUAAUGGGAUAUGGAACUCGAACUGCCAGAGGAAAUAGUUGAGGCAGGUACGGUAACAACAUUUAAAAGACAUUUGGACAGGGUGCAUCAGGAUCUGAAGCUUGAGUUGUGCUGAAUGCAACACAUAACAUGAGAGAAUAAUUGGGAAAUAAAUGGCCCUGGUACAAUAACAACAUUUAACAGGUACUUAAAUCGGAAAGGAAAUUGAUUGAAAGGAAAGGUGAUUGGAAGGUAUAGAGGGAUAUAGGCCAAAUGACAAGCUUCAAUGCGGCAUUUUGGUUGGCAUGGGUGAGUUGGGCCUAAUGGGCUAAUUCCAUGUUGUAUGACUAAGAAUGGAUGGCAAUAAGAAGCAAAAGGGGAUUUGGAACUGGAAAACAUGGCUUAACCUGCAGAUUUUCAGAUGUUCUCCUCUGAGAUGCUGGCAGGAGAGUGAUUGUUUUCUCCAUUAGGAAAAAAGCAGAUCUAUAUACCUAUAAAAGUCUGAUCUUGUAUGUCUGUAUGUAUGUUUGUUUUGUAUUUUCCUCAAAAUGCUACGCGCUAGCGCUUAAAUUUUUACAUAUUUUAACACAUUUGUAUCGUCUAUGCCGUACUCAGGUUCACUUAUGAUUUCAUCCUAUAUUUCACGUUAUUCACGAUUAAAGCUUUAAAAAAAGCCAAAAAUUGCUUCUCACAGACUGCCUUUUUCCAGCAGCUUGCAGUGAUGUCACAAUGCCACUCACAGUGCAUCAAUCACAAUUGGCUCUCAAGCUGCCCACUGCCACAAUGACAUCACAAUGGGACGUUGCGAACGGUAACC